CUCAAGACCUCGACCUCGACCUCAAUAAGCUACAGCGCGUUCCCCUUUCCCUUGUGCGCCGCCACCUCUCAAACCCUAAUACCACCAAAAUUCGCUCCGUCUUGCCGAUCCAUGGCCAUGGUUCAGUGCCAUACUUCUUCCUCCUGGCCGAUCCUUCCCCGGUCCUCCUGUAUUUUGUCCGCCGAUCGUCCGGCUGCGGAGAUCUCGUGGAUGAUGCUGGAGCGCUUCGUGUUCCGCAGGGACGACGACGACGGCUCCUUCCCGGACGAAGCGGCCGCGCCCAUGAGGGCUCAGUCCGUCACCUCCCUGGGAGAUCCCUUCACCGUUGCCCUGCUCCCAACCGCCCCUCCGGCCUUCUCCCGCCUCUACGUGCAGUGGCCGGGCGGUCCACGUGGAGUCAAUGGGCUGGGCAGGGGAACCGAACUCCUGACGGCCCACCGGGACCUCCUCCUACUCAAGCUCACCUCCGAGGUGAGUCUCGACUACAACGACACCAACAGGGACCCUUACCGGCCGGACUACUUCGUGUUCAAUGCCGCUACAGGGAUUAAAUGGCGGCUCAAACGGCUCCCAGCGUGCACCAUACCCUUUGUGUUAGAAAUGCAGGGCAAGGAGGUAACUAUGGAUCGCCAGUUCCAUCGUGACACGAUCGGAAUAUAUUGCGGCAAGCUUGACUUCACGGUGGUGCAGCUAGCCAAGUUUAAGCUUAAAAAAAAAGGCAGUGCUAUGGGAGCAGAACUAUGUGUCUUCCGCUCACCUCUGUCGACUGAUGGCUCUGAUAACAAACCUGCUAAGGGCAAGUGGACUAUUCUGGAUCUGCUGAUAGAGCAUACUAAGGAGGAAUUCACCGAUCUGACCCGGUGGUCAACCGAUACUACCAUCACAUCCAAGGACUGCAUAAUCUGGGUUGAUUACCACCAAGGAGGUAUCCUGUCCUACAAGCCACGAUCUGCACUAGAAACAAGAAAAAGUACUGUCUCUUACCGCCGAUUGCCUAUCAACAACCGUCCUCAGGAUUCUUUACCAAGUGGAAAGACCCUUGAGAUGUACCGCAGUCUGUGCGUCACCGGGAAAGAGGGCAAUUGCCUGAAGUUUGUCGACAUUACCCGAGAUGAUGAUUGCUUUUUUGGCCCGCUGGCUGCUGGUUCUACGUUCACCAUCACCUGCUAUACUAGUGCAUCAUCAAAAGAUAAUGCUUGGCACACCGAGGCGGUGAUUACCUCUCAAAAAUUUCAGUAUCUUACGGCGCGUAGGCGCCUUAUCCCGCACAAUGCUGUGCCCAUGUUCCCUCUUGUGAGUAGGGACGAGCCCAGUCUCAUACACUUCAUUGUGUCUGAGUCGAGGGACAACGUUGACAAGCUUUUGGUGGUUGCUAUUGAUAUCAUCAAAGAGGCAAUAGUGUCAGUUUCUCCAUAUAUUCAAGGAGAGGAAGACCUCUGUGGCAAAGAUGCAGACAUGGUCAGGCACAGGUGCCGUCUUCUGCAGUCCUUUCUCCCUGUCAGUUCUCCAACUUGUUCUCAUCUGAUUUCGCAGGGUCCGAUCCAUGUGUAAGGAGGUGUAGGAUUGAGCUGCAACGUUGAGAAGAUGACGUCGAUCAGGAUAAGGAGCACGGGCUGCUUGGAUUGCUCUAGUUAUUAUUCAAUUUUCAGUUCAAUCUGCCUUGCGUGCUACAGUUUCAGUAUUAUUUGCUAGUUCUGCAAACUUGCUUUAUUUCUUUGUGACUUAUUUUCAUCUGUGUUUUGUAUUAUUCGGGAAGAUGCCCAAUCAUUCACUGAAUCUUUGUGAUGUCAAUUGUUUCAUCAUUCUAUAUCUAUAUCUAUAUACGGACUGUACUUAAUUUACUAAUAAAGGGAGACGUGUUUCUCUGAUU